GUUGGUGUGACCAGGCUGGUUUUGUUUCCUCAGCAAUUGAUGAGUACAAGCCCCUGGAUGCCACCACGAACCCCUCCCUGAUCCUGGCUGCAGCUCAGAUGCCAGUGUACCAGAAACUUGUGGAUGAUGCUGUUGCCUAUGGGAAGAAGCUUGGUGGGUCAGAAGAGGAACAGAUCAAAAAUGCUUCUGACAAACUGUUUGUGUUGUUUGGAGCUGAGAUCCUGAAGAGGAUACCUGGGCGUGUGUCCACAGAAGUAGAUGCAAGGUUGUCCUUUGAUAAGGAAGGAAUGAUCCAAAGGGCCAGGCGCCUGAUCGACCUUUACAAGGAAGCAGGAAUUGGUAAAGAUCGGAUUCUCAUCAAGCUCUCUUCAACCUGGGAAGGAAUCCAGGCUGGCAAGGUUCUGGAGGCAGAGCAUGGGAUUCACUGCAACAUGACCCUGCUGUUCUCCUUUGCUCAGGCUGUUGCCUGUGCUGAAGCUGGAGUUACUCUCAUUUCCCCCUUCGUGGGAAGGAUCCUGGAUUGGUAUGUUGCAAAUGGAGACAAGAAAACCUAUGAGCCUUCAGAGGACCCAGGAGUGAAGAGUGUCACCAAGAUCUACAACUACUACAAGAAGUUUGGCUACAAGACCAUUGUGAUGGGAGCAUCCUUCCGCAACACGGGAGAGAUCAAAGCCCUCACAGGCUGUGACUAUCUCACCAUCUCCCCCAAACUCUUGGCAGAGCUCAGCAAAGAGCAUGUCAAGUUGACUCCCACACUCAGUGUCAAAGAGGCCCAGGCCUGUGAGCUGGAGAAGAUCCACCUGGAUGAGAAGGCAUUUCGCUGGCACCAUAAUGAAGACCAAAUGGCUGUGGAGAAACUAUCUGAUGGGAUCCGGAAAUUUGCUGCAGAUGCAGUUAAGCUGGAGAGGAUGUUAAAGGAGCGAAUGUUCAGCGCUGAAAACGGGAAGUAAACCAAAAUCAGCAUUUCCCUGAGUGCUCCAGGGCUGGCUGAGUGGAUCACCUGAGGUUCAGUGGAUGUACAAAUGUCUUUCCUGUACAAGUAUCAUGCUGUGUAUGAUUAGAUUUCUGUACCAUGCUUUUUUUUUAUCAAUUUGCAAAGGGACGAAUAGAAUUUUGUGGCACUUUUGUCAAUAUACGCAAAUUAACACA